AUGAGACGACGUCACCAUCUCAAAGCCGUAUAUGAAACUGGAGAAGAACUGUUCUUAGGAAAAUGCGAAAGUAGAGGUGUUGGUGGAGUUGGCGUCCUCGUCAGCACAAGUAUAGCAAAGAACAUCGACCGUUUCGAACAACUUACAACCCGAAUCGGACGUCUGCGGAUGAGAAGAUGUGCUCCAACACCAGCUUUGACUAUCUUCGUCGCUUACGCUCCAACAUCAAGCUACGAAGAAGAAGAAGUCGAAGCUUUCUAUAUGGAACUGGAGAAGUUCUACAGAGAAGAACAUGCCUUCUACAAGGUCAUAUGUGGGAUUUCAACGCCAAAUUUCGCCCAAGAAGAACGCCUGAGGAACUUCACAUCGGGACUCACGGCCUACAAUGGAGUGAACAGCAAGAAGGCUUUCGAGUUCAUUAUGACGACUAAGACCAUCCAUAAGAACUCGCAAUUCCAGAAGCCCUUCUCCCUGUGCUGGAUGUGGGAGUCUCUCGGUGGAGGGUACCGUAAUGAAAUUGACCAUAUCAUCGUCAGUAAAAGGUUUUGCCUGACGGAUACCUGUUACUCCAAAGUUCUAUAA